AUGGAUACCAAACUUCAGGAUGCCACAGCCAGCCCUGUGAUGUCGCCUGCCAAACUGGCACACGUUGUCUUCCGAACCUCGAAUUUCAAGCCGAUGGUUAACUUUUACAAGACCUUCCUUGGUGCUCAUGCCGCGUACGAGAACGAGUCACUGUCAUUUCUGACCUAUGAUGACGAGCAUCACCGCAUCGCAAUUGCCCAGGUUCCUGGAACUACGCCAAAAGGCCCAGCUACCGCCGGCAUGGACCAUGUAUCCUUCACGUUCAACACGCUCAACGAUCUGUUGCUUGCCUACAAACAACGCAAGGCCCAUGGGAUUUUGCCCUUCUGGUCCGUCAACCACGGACCGACCGUGAGCAUGUACUACCUGGAUCCCGACGGCAACAAGGUUGAAACGCAGGUGGACGUCUUCGAGACGGCGGAGGAUAGUAAAGCCUUCCUUUCGAGCCCUGCAUUCGCCGAGAAUCCUUUCGGCGUUGAGUUCAAACCCGAGGACUGGAUCACGCGCCUUGAAAAUGGCGAGCAUGAGCGGGUGCUCAUGAAGAGGGGAAACGUAGGGCCUCGUGGUCCUGAGUCUAUACCCAUGCCCUCUGUGCCAGCCAUCGAGGGCUAG